CAUAUUUCCAUCCCUCAGCUGCAGCUCGUUUGGACGGAGGGCGCUUCGGUCUGCAGGGGGAGGAACCCAUGAAGGCUGCAGGAGACAAAACCGGGGAGGCAGGAAAAAGUUGAGUGAAGUUUUGGAGACGGCGAGCCGGAGACUGUUGCGCUCCGACCGACCGACAGCAGCUCGGAGGGGAAGAUGGCGCGGAGCGGCGGCCGUGCCACGUCUCGGUUCUCUCAGCGAACAUGUCCCGGAAAGGUCGCGGAAUCGGCCGUGUGGCUGAGCCUGUGGCUGCUGCUGGCUCCGUCCGCUGCGGAGGCCGGACUGUACACCGCCUCCGACCAGAUCCUGCUGCUCUCUCCGGGGAACGUGGAGGCGGCGUUGAUCAAUUCCACGGCGGCGAUGGUGGUGGAGUUUUACGCGUCGUGGUGCGGACACUGCAUCGCCUUUUCUCCGGUGUACAAGAGCCUGGCCAGAGACAUUAAAGAGUGGAAGCCAGCUGUGAACCUGGCAGCGAUAGACUGCGCCGCUGAGGACAACAGGAAGGUCUGCGCCGCCUACCGGAUCAGAGGGUAUCCCACCAUAAAGUUCUUCCACGCGUACUCCAAGGCUGAUUCAACAGGACUGGCUUUUAAAGAUUUUUCCCGCGACGUUCGAAGUCUCCGUCACACGAUCAUCGAUAAACUGGAGACUCAUGUGGAGGCGUGGCCUCCUGCCUGCCCCCCGCUGGAGCCCACCAGCCAAGCAGAGAUCGACGUCUUCUUUGAGACCAACAAUGUCCAACAUCUGGCUCUGAUCUUUGAAGAUGCUAAAUCCUACGUCGGUCGAGAGGUGACUCUGGACCUGCUGCAGUUUGAGAACGUGGCAGUACGGCGGGUUCUGAACACCGAGGCGGGUCUGGUGACCAAACUGGGAGUGACGGAGUUUCCAUCCUGCUACCUUUAUUAUCCAGGAGGCAACUUCACCAGGCUCCCAGUCAACAUUGAGGCUCGGACUUUUUACUCCUACGCCCUCCAGAGGCUGCCGGGGGUGGUGCGGUCGGGGAGGCCUCCGUCCUUCUCCACCGUCUUCCACAUCAACACCACUGAGGAGCCGUGGAGACCCUUCAACAAGUCCAGGGUUUACAUGGCUGACCUGGAGUCCACACUGCACUACUCGCUCAGAGUGGAACUGGCUGCUCAGCCUGUGUUCAGAGGAGAAGCUCUGAGGGCUUUGAAGAAGUACAUCUCUGUCCUGGCAAAGUUCUUUCCAGGUCGUCCUGUGGUUGUGAACCUGCUGAAGUCGGUGAACUCGUGGCUGCAGACCGAGACUUCAGGUCAGAUCUCCUAUGAGGCGUUUAAGGACGUUCUGGAAAACUCAGCACAGACUCCAAACGCUGCUCUGCCUGAAGGGGUGAGGUGGGUGGGCUGUCAGGGUUCAAAGCCCCACUUCAGACGUUAUCCAUGUGGAGUGUGGACGCUCUUCCACGUCCUGACCGUCCAGGCCAACGGCACCGGAGGCUCAGAUCCUCUGGAGGUCCUGAGUGCGAUGAGAAGCUACGUCCAGAACUUCUUCGGCUGCAGACCGUGUGCAGAACACUUUGAGAACAUGGCGGCGGAGAGUCUGAUGGAGGUGAACUCGCUGCCGUCUGCAGUCCUGUGGCUCUGGUCCAGACACAACCGGGUCAACAACAGACUGGCAGGUGCUCUGAGCGAAGACCCAAAGUUCCCAAAGAUCCAGUGGCCGUCCCCGGAGAUGUGCUCGGCCUGUCACACGGUGAAGGAGAACGGAGAACACAGGUGGAACCGGGAGCAGGUUCUCCCCUUCCUCCUCGGCUACUUCUCCUCCAGCAGCAUCCUCACAGACUACCUUGACAGUGAAAGCCAGAUUGUGGAAAAGCAGAAGAAAAAACGUGCCGCUCUGCUGGCUGAGAAACCCUUAGAGAGGAGAAUCAGAGAAGCUUUGGAUUCCACAAAGCCUCCUCCAUCACCUCAGCCCGCUGUGCAGGAGGAGGAAGAGGAGGAGGAGGAAGAGGGGCCUCAGGAUGAAGCGGUGGCGGACGAGGAGGAGGAGGAGGACGGCGGGGAAGUGAAGCCCGAGCCGACACCGUGGUCCAAAGCUGAGGUGGAAGUGGGUCGGGGCCGGCGGCUGGUCCACAGGAAGCCGAGCAUCGUGGGGAUGAGGAUGAGGGAGCAGCAGGAGGACAUCGUGGACCUGGACUCGUUCGUCAACCAGCACUACCGGGCCAAAGCGCUGCGUCUGGCCGCCUCCAGCCGGGUCAAACAGCGCAGCCUGCAGCGGCAGGAGGAGCAGGAGCCCCGGUCGGCCUUCGAGCUGGGCAUGGAGCUGGACGGAGGCCUGGGGAUGGUCGGGCUGCAGCCGCUGGAGGCCGACCUGGAGCUGGACGUGGGCCGGCAGAGGAAGCGGCCGCAGAAGAGAGAACUGAGCGGCCGCUUCCUGGACCGGGAGUUAAACCACAGAGGACGCUGGAUGUCUGUGCUGAGCAUCGGAUUCUCCAAGCUGGACAUCAGCCUGUGUGUCAUCCUCUAUUUCAUGUCCUCCAUGUGUCUCCUAGCCAUGUACCUGUUCUUCAAAACUCGCCUCAGGCCACGGAGGGCUAAAGUCGCCUUACCCUGAACCAGAACACACAGAAGUUCUGGUCAGAUGGGAGCGGUUACUAACGUUUCAUUUGGAGACACUGCUUCUGUAAAGGGACGAGGCUCCGUCAGACGGUUAUCUGUCACCUGCAGCCACGUUUUAGCCUCCAAAUGUUUGUCUAACUGGAGGAGAAGGGAAUUUUCUUUUAAAGUCUUUUAAAAUCAGGGCAGUCUUUUCACCCUGUGCUUCAUUUGGCCUCCAGAGCUUUUCAGGCAGCACCGCAACUGUGGAAAAGGUGUUCAUAUUGAUGUAUAUUUUGGGGUUUGUGCCUCGUUCUAAAGUUAAUCAGUUUUGAUUUUAUUUGACCACUUGUAAAGCUUAAAACGGUAUGAUGGAUUUCUUUGAUUUUUUUUUUUUUUUUUAGGAAUUUAAUGCAGCUAGUGUGUGACUUUAUUUGUUUCUUGUGGUUAAUUUCUUCUUUAUUCCGCCAUAGAAGUGAGCAGACCUCUCCUCCUUGUAUUGCGGUCAAGAAAUUUUAUUUUUUUCGUUUUUAUAUAUUUGCUUUUAAAAAUGUUGAAAUCAUUUGAUCUAAACAGGUGAUUCUGUUGUAUCUUAACUUGCAGAUGAGCCGUUUCCAUGCGUCUCAUUUAAAAAUCAGUUGGUAAAAGACGGAUUUCUUUGGGAAAGGACUGACGGUUGCAGCAUAUUGUUGAUGGGAGCAGCUGGGCUAAUAAGUGGGUCUGCUUUACAAUGAGGUUAUGUAAUGUCUGUGGAUAUUACAUCACACUGCUGAGUCCCCAGAACAGCUACUCAGGCUGCUCAUCGGGUUCACACUGGACCCGGUUUUAGAAUAAGCGGGAUUUGUUUUGUGGCUCGAGUCCACGUCGAGGAGCUUCUGCUGGUCAUCUCAAAAUUUCUCUGUUUGGAAUCAAUAAAAUUAUUUUUGAUAAGGA